UCGGGCUGGGCUGACUUGGGAGACACCGGGCAAUUCCGUGCCACCGCAGGCAGGUUUGCGGACCCCUUGCUCGCCGCCCCCUGAUCUUAGCAGCGCUUGCACGACACCCUGGAGCACAAACUGCCUAACCGUUUUCUGCCAACCCAGAAAGCUCGGUUAACUCGGAAAAUGGUCUGGGGUCACGCGUUUGCAAAACGUUAACGCUUCUUGCGUGACUGUGGGAGGCGCAUAAACAAAACACGGGACUUAUUUGGCUCUCGGACAUCGAUUCAGGUCAGAACUGAUCCGAGAUUAAUAAUAAUCUGUGGAAAUGGAGGAAAAGAAGAACAAAAGGAGGAGUCCCAAGUCAUCCACAACUCACGUCAGUCAGGUUCUUAACAAUAAGAAAAACACUGUGCCUUCUAGCAAAAGUACAGCAUUUUCCAAUUCUGCAUCCCAGGUUCCUUUACAAAGACCAAAGUUUAAAAGAGGUGUGAAAGAGAAAGCCAAAACACCAGGAGUGGAAAGCAAAGGAGCUCAGCCGCCUCCUAUCCAGCAUUCAUUUCUCACAGAUGUCUCAGAUGUUCAAGAAAUGGAGAAAGGACUUCUGAGUCUCCUGAAUGACUUCCAUUCUGGAAAACUGCAAGCAUUUGGAAAUGAAUGUUCCAUUGAGCAAAUGGAACAUGUAAGAGGAAUGCAAGAGAAGUUGGCCCGGUUGAAUUUGGAGCUUUAUGGAGAGUUGGAAGAGCUCCCUGAAGAUAAAAGAAAAUUAGCCAGUGACUCUAACCUGGAUAGAUUGUUGACAGAUCUGGAAGAACUGAAUUCUUCUAUACAGAAACUUCACUUAGCAGAUGUUCAAGAUCUUCCAAAUACCAGCACAAGCUAAACAUGCCAUUUUCUUGUUUGUUUUGGGGAUCCAAGUUCUCGUAUUUAAUUUCCAGCGGACUGUUCCUUGCUUCUGUAGCAACAUGUUAAAAAUAAUUACUAUGUCCACACACUCCUCUUAGCAGAUGUGAGUUGUUGCAGCCUUGUCAGGCUUGAAGCUUAGGGUGCCAUGUCUCGCUACUAUGCUUUGUAUUGUUGCCUUAUCCUCUGUGAAAUGUGGGAAAACUUGAAAGUGCAUUUUUAUAAUAGAAAAAAUUCAGUAUUGAUUAAGUUGAUAAUGAAGUAUGGUGUGCCUGCUGCCUUUUUCACAGUGUAGACAAUCAGCACAUGAUCAGUGAUGCCGUUAAAUGAAUGUUUAAUUUAUUUUAGCAAUAAAAUAAUUCUAAAGA